AUGACUUCCAUUAUCACGACAUCCGCCGAAGCUGCUCAUUCUCUCGCCGUCUCGCUUCUGAGCAAGGCUCAAAUUCAGCCUGGCGCGACCAUUCCUGAACAUCCCGUCAAGGAAACUACUCCAACCUCCUCAGCUCCACUAACAUUCUCUGGGAAAUCUGUGAUUGUGGGCGUUCCCGGUGCUUUCUCUGGAACCUGCACCGUUCAGAUUCCGGGAUAUAUCAAUAAUUACGACAAGUUCAAGGCUAAAGGUGUUAACGAAGUCUAUGUUGUCGCUGUAAAUGAUGUCUUUGCGAUGAAGGCAUGGAAGGAACAUUUGGCUCCCACAGGGACAGGUGUCCGUUUCAUGGCAGACGACAAGGGUACCUUCACCAGUGCGCUUGGGUUGAUGUUCGAUGCCACGCCCAAGUUUGGUGCACCUCGCUCGAAGCGCUAUGUCAUCAUUGCGGAGAACGACAAAGUCGAAUCCAUCUUCAUUGAGGAGGAUCCGUCGCAGGCUACAAUUACCCGCGCGGAGACUGUGUUGUCCCACUUGACUUGA